UCGGCGUCCUCUUGUUUUAAUUUAAUUAUCACCAAUCGCAUCCACCUUCUUCUUCCCCAGCACGCCUCCAGUGCGCUGCGUAUAUAAUGGAGGCAACGGAGGGAGCACCACCGGGCAACACAACACGUACGGCACUUCACUGAGAAGUACCUAGGAUGGCUUCUGCUGCGCUCCCGGAGGCGGCGGCGGCGGCGGCGGUCCAGCCCAAGAAGAAGGGCAACUUCAAGUACGCCUGCACCUGCGCCCUCUCCGCUUCCAUGGCCACCGUCGUCCUCGGCUACGACGUCGGGGUGAUGAGCGGCGCGUCGCUCUACAUCAAGGAGGACCUGCGCCUCACGGACGUGCAGGUGGAGAUCAUGAUGGGCAUCCUCAGCGUCUACGCGCUCCUCGGCUCCUUCGCCGGCGCCAGGACCUCCGACUGGAUCGGCCGCCGCUACACCGUCAUCAUCGCCGCCGCCAUCUUCUUCGUCGGCUCCCUGCUCAUGGGCUUCGCCGUCGACUACCUCAUGUUCAUGCUCGGCCGCUUCGUCUGCGGCAUGGGCGUCGGCUUCGCCAUCAUGGUCGCGCCCGUCUACACCGCCGAGGUCGCCCCGGCAUCCACCCGCGGCCUCCUCACCUCUUUCACCGAGGUCUUCAUCAACGUCGGCAUCCUCCUCGGCUACGUCUCCAACUACGCCUUCGCGCGCCUCCCGCACCACAUCAACUGGCGCAUCAUGCUCGGCGUGGGCGCCGUCCCCUCGGCCUUGCUCGCGCUCAUGGUGCUCGGCAUGCCGGAGUCGCCCCGCUGGCUCGUCAUGAAAGGCCGCCUCGCCGACGCCAGGGUCGUGCUGGAGAAGACCUCCGACACGCCAGAGGAAGCCGUCGAGCGCCUUGACCAAAUCAAGGCUGCCGCCGGCAUCCCCCACGACCUCGACGGCGACGUGGUCGCCGUGCCCAAGAGAAAAGGCGGCAACGAGAAGCAGGUGUGGAAGGAGCUCAUCUUUUCGCCCACCCCGGUCAUGCGCCGCAUACUGCUCGCCGCGCUCGGCGUCCAUUUCUUCCAGCAGGCCACCGGCUCCGACUCGGUCGUGCUCUACAGCCCACGCGUGUUCAAGAGCGCCGGCAUCACCGGCGACAACCACCUGCUCGGCGUCACGUGCGCCAUGGGGGUCACCAAGACCCUCUUCAUCCUCUUGGCCACCUUCCAGAUCGACCGUGUCGGCCGGCGGCCGCUGCUGCUCACCAGCACCGCCGGCAUGCUCGUCUGUCUCAUCGGCCUCGGCACGGGCCUCACCGUCGUGGGCCAGCACCCGGACGAGAAGAUCACGUGGGCGAUCGGCCUCUGCAUCGCCUCCACCUUGGCCUACGUCUCCUUCUUCUCCAUGGGCCUCGGCCCCAUCACCAGCGUCUACGUCUCCGAGGUCUUCCCGCUCCGGGUGCGCGCGCUCGGCUUCGCCCUCGGCGUCGCCUGCAACCGCGUCACCAGCGCCGCCAUCUCCAUGACCUUCCUCUCCCUGUCCAAGGCCAUCACCAUCGGCGGCAGCUUCUUCCUCUACGCCGGCCUCGCCGCGCUCGGCUGGCUCUUCUUCUACGCCUUCGUUCCCGAGACGCGCGGGCAGCCGCUCGAGGACAUAGGCAAGCUUUUCGGCAUGAAGGACGCCGCCGUCGAAGACGACGACCACCACCACACUGCAGCCACCAAAGACAAGCAGGUGAAAGCAGCUGCUGUGGAGAUGAAUUAAUUAGCAGUUGAACGGAGAGUGGUUUUUCUGUCGUACGUGCAAGGUAUGGAUCCACCGAUCUACCCUUGCUUUCAGCUUCGUGCUACUUCCUUUUUGGGCAAAAUUUGUCUUGUUUUCAGGAUGUUUCAUUGUGUUUUUCUUUUAUCCAAGUGUAUCAAAAGGUUUCGUCAAUAAGAGUGCUGGUCUCACCCUAAAAAAAAAGAGUGCUGGUCUCAGAUUGGAUAUACUGGUAUACAAUGCUGCAGGAUAAAUUAUUUUGAUACAUGUUGAAACCAGUGAGAAGCCUAAUGUAACACUUUGAAACGAAACAAAAUUUUGCCAAACCCAAAAGAUAUAACACGAAUCUCAAAGCAUCAGACGGCGGAUACAUCCACGACAUAACCCGAAAGUGGUAAACUUGUCUUUCUCCUGCUGUGCCAUACCGGAUAUCCCGCAAAUGGUAAAUUUGCUUUUCUCCUAUUGUGCCAUACGGGUACGGGUUACCCCGCAAAUGAUAAAAUUGUUUUUCUCCUGGUGUGCCGAGUUUUUCCGGUACUCGAGAAACUGUGAUAAAUUUCAAGAGAAUCGUUUCAAGACAGGAUCAAUGGGAUAGACUGUAGACAUCAUAUUAGCUAAAGAAAAUGCCAUACAUGAGAUAUUUUGGCCCACUGAUGCUCCAUGUAUCAUAAAUAUCCCAUUAGCACUUGACAUGAUGGAUGACCUUAUCUCAUGGCAUUUUAAUAAGAAAUAUUUUUGGUUAAAUCGUCCUAUAAUUCCUUUUUUUGACAUUAUGUGCCAGUGUCCAGGAAUAGUCGCGUUGGCCUUCUGGAUCCACGAGUUGAAGUCUGCCCGCGAGUAGGUGCAGUGAGACUUCAAGGUUGGAUAACCGAUGUUUACAGACCUGAUUUUCGUUGGGCUUGUUUAUGGGUGUAAUAAACUAAAUAACACGUUCUCAUUAAAUCUGGCAAUCAUGCUUUUUUGAAUUCAGUGGUGAUGUGUGUGUGUGUGUGUGGUGUUGUGGCGAGGCAUCGGGGCGGC